AUGCAGGAGGUGCACGAUUAUGUGAUGUGUGAAGCUGUCAGUGGGAUAACCAGGAGGACAGAGAAGAUAAUAGAAACAGUCCUUACCUGCAAGUUUAUUCACCCCUCUAUAGAAGUGUCAGCCAGGCAAUUCUCUUUCCUUGUGAACAAGAAACCCAGGGAUGUCCUGACUCUGCAGUACCAGCCUUUGGCUUUAAAAAACACCUGCCUGCUGCCACUGGACCUUAUGCUGGACUUGGAGCAGCCAUUCCUGGUCUGUGAUGAGGACCAGCAACCCCUCCCAGAUGGCCAGCCUGUGAGAGUGGGUGUAGGGGAGACCUGUCAUCUCUACGUUGCAUUUGACCCAGCUUAUGAACUGGAUUUUAAGAGCUGGAAAAAAGAGAAGAUUCUGAACAUAGACAUGGUCAGGGGCCAUCCUUUUGUGGAGCGUAUCGUCCUUCGGGGAGAAGUGCACUUCCCAAAUCUCCAAAUCCAGCCCAGCACCCUAAAGUUUGGCUGCAUCGUGGCUGGCACUAAAGAAGUGCGUUCUCUGGAGAUGACCAACUGCAGCUCCCUUCCCGUGGAGUACCACUGGACAUUCCAUUCCAAGAGCCAGGUUUACAGGUUGAGGUCCCUGGUCAUAGUUAUGUUAUAUUCCAGAUAUGAGCUUUCCGCACCUAAAUUCCAACCCAAACCACCAAAGGAGAAGAGAACCAGUUUGGAAUCCUCAGUAUCUCGAAGGAGACGCUUCAGGAUCAGAAAAGAGGAGCCAGUCACGGCCCUGAAAGAAUCGCAGGAUCCUGCCCAAUCUUCAGGAGCAGAGGUGCCACCAGAAAGCCGUGGACGGUAUUACAUCCCACUAGGGCUCGUGGGAGUCAAAUCCCCCAUGGAUGUACUGCACACUCCCCUCGAAGUGGAGGAGGUUUUCAGUAUCGCGCCACUGUCAGGUGUGCUGCGGCCAGGAGAGAGCCAGCAGGUCUCCUUCACCUUCUCUAGCGGCUUCAACACCAUCUCUGAUGUCAUGGCACUGUGCCACGUGGAGGGAGGCCCCACCUACGAGGUGGUGGUGACGGGGGAGACCUCCUGUGUCAGCUACUCCCUGAGCCCCCGGGAGAUCGACUGUGGCUCUCAGAUGUUUAACGAAAUUCAUCACAGCAAGGUCACCCUGGAGAACACUUGCAGGAGUGAAUUCAGCUGGGUGCUAAACCCUAGCACUGCAGACCAGCAGCUGCCUGGAGUGUUUCUGGUCAACCCCACCACUGGCUCCAUUGCACCUGGUGAGAAGCAAGUGCUGGAAUUCUCUUACAUGCCAGGAUUACCAGGAGCUUUCAGCAGGACUUACCAGCUUAAAGUGGGUGACCUGGACCCGGAAAAUAUUUGUCUGAAAGGAGAAGCAUCCUUUCCAAUGAUCUGUAUGAACCUGCCCUGGAACAUCAAAGAAAAUGAAAAAGAUGAGAAGCCUCUGACACAGCUCGUAAAACUCGCGCAAGAACACAGUCAGAGGAAGAAAUCCGUUGAUCGGAAGAAGACUCAAAGCCUGAAGACUGGGACCUUGAAGUCUCAGACCCAAAAAACUCGGACUGCAACGAGUCUGAGUCCGAAGACUGGGAACCUGAAUCCUGAUGUGCUUGACUCUGGCAUUGCACCAAACACUCAGCAGAUAAACACGGUGAAGACGCUGAUUGAGAAGGCUGCUCUGGAGAUGCAGGAAAAGCUCACACCCCAUCCCCCAGAGAGCAAGUUCCCUGACAAAGAACUGUGCCAGAGCCUUGUCAAAGUUGAGCUGCCUGAGUAUGUCCUGGACAUGGGCACUGUCCGUAAGGGUUUCACUGAGAGAAGCACUCUGGAGAUCACCAACCCUGGGCAGAUCCCAGUGUCCUUCCAGAUCGAUGUAUCUGUCCUGCAGGACACAGGUAAGCAGUGCUGGAGACACUUCUGUUUCAGCAUGGAGCUGGACCAGGUGCAGGGCCUGCCCCACAGCCACACCAGGACGUUUGACGUGCGCUUUGAAAGUAUCCGGCAGCCACGGGGUGACGUGGAUGUGCUGCUGCCCAUAGAGGUGAAAAAAGGCCCCACAUAUAACAUCCGUCUGCGUGCCGCUGUGUCUGAGCUGUCACUCGAACUCUCCAAGAACACUCUGCACUUCUCUGCUCUGCUCGUUGGGCAGUGCCAGGUUGAGACAAUCCAGCUCUACAACUGGUUCCGAGUACCCUGCCGAUGGUCCAUCAAGCCUGUUCAGAAGAACAAUCAGCACAUGUACAUGACACCAGCCGUACAUCAGAAGCAGCAGGCGCUGGAGGAUGAGCCCUGUCCCUUUGAAGUGAAGCCUUCCAAAGGAACCCUUGGUGCAGGAAGGUGGCAGAAGCUGCAAAUCACAUUUACACCCAAGGAGGAGAGGUCUUACAAGAAUGAGCUGGAGCUUAACAUUAAUGGGAGCAGCAAUUGCUUAAAGCUGCAGCUCUCCGGACAAGGUCUGGAGCCGCGGUUGGAGUUCAGCCCUCCAGCACUAAAGAUGGGAUGGAUGCUGGUGGACAGCACUGGGGUGGAGGCCACAGUGGUGGUGAAGAACCCAUGCAACUUUCCCAUUGAGUUUUACUCCCUGGAUUUUGAUGAGCAGCACCUUGAGAAGAAGAAGGUCACAGAUCCGAAGACCUUGACUGGGGAGAUCCUGAGGGAUGGGAAGCUGCCAGCGGAAGACCAGAUGCUGGAACAUCUGGGACUGCAUCCCGACAGCCCUCCCCUUUCCCCUGCUGCUGUGCUCUCCAGUGUCGAGUACCCAGAGAAGCGGCUGGGCUCUGCAGAGCGUGUGCAGGACAAUCUGCUGGGUGCUCCAGUGGUGCCAGCACUGAAGGCCAAGGCCCCAGAUGCAAAGGGCAGUUCUGCCAAGGGCCAACCAAAGACGGGUAAAGCAACCAGCAGAGACAGAUCUGCAAAGGAGAAGCAGAUCUCCACACGGAGAACAGAAAGUUCCCGAGGCUCCUCUGCAACAAGAUCCAAAAGUACGCUGGAAAGGGCCUCAACCCCCACAGUAUUCCUCAGGCUUAAACAGUACCGGUGGAUAGUGCCUGCCCAGGGUGAGGUGGAACUGAAGGUCAACUUCUUCGCCAAAAAGCCAGGGAGGUUUGAGCAGACACUGAGCUUUGAGCUUGUGCCAUCAAAGCGCCAGUACAAGCUGCCCUGCAGUGGCACUGGCCUGUACCCCAGCAUCAGCCAGAACCCACGGGUGGUGUUUCCACAGUGGAGGGCGACCAUGAAGGAAGGUGAAGUCAUCUUCAAGGAAUAUGUUGAGAGCACAAAGCAAUUCCACUUUGGACCACUGCUGUGUGGGAGAUCAAGAGAGUGGUUACUUUCCCCUAACCCUUACAAUUGGACAGUUUCUGAUCCCUUCUACCCCUAUAUAAGGGGCUACUUUAGCCCAUUCUGGCUAGAAGAGCUGUCCCUGGAACCCUUCACGGACCCCUCAAUAGACCCUCGCUGUGGAAUCUCCGAGGCCUCUCCUCUCUCUCUCACCGUAACAGUCUUUUCAGCCUUUUCCCCUUUUGUUGACAGGUACAAGACCCAGAACUGUCCUGGCAACUCUGAAAAUAUAACCAUCUUCAACAACUCCCCCACGGACGUAAAGGUCCGAUUCUCCUUUGAGAAUGCUGGGGAAGCAGAUACGUUCCUUUUGAACCCUCCCCGCAUGAGACUGAAACCAAAGGAGAAGAAGGAGCUGACCAUUUGGGCAUACCCCACUUCCCCUGGCUUCCUGGAAGACAAACUCGUCUGCAGCAUUGAGAAGAACCCGAACCCAGUGGUCUUCAGCCUGUGCUGCUAUGGGGUGGGCAUGAAGAUGGAGGUCAGCACCCGGGAGCUGUCUUUUGACAAACUGCUUCUGCACAGGACUGACUGCAGGACCUUCGUCCUGAAAAACAACAGCAUGCUGCCCAUGGCCUGGCAGCUCCGUGGGCUGGAUGACCUUGUUGAGAACUUCUCCUUGUCACAAAAUAAUGGCAUCCUUGAUCCCCGCUCAGAGUUUGAAGUGACACUGCAUUUCAAGGCUGAGCAGAUUGGCAGCAUUGAGAAGACCCUCCGACUAGAGGUUUCAGAUGCAGAAAACAUCCUGGGGGUUGUUCAGACAGAAAACAUCAAAAUCUCUGCAGAGGUCUAUGAUGUUUCUCUGGGCAUUGACAUGCCUGAAGGUGCAGAUGGAAGCUUGGAAUUUGGAACAAUUAAUGUCCUGGAUAAGGUGAAGAAAGUCCUGAGUCUAAAGAUCAAAGGGAUAUACAGGAUUGAGUACAGGUUCACGCUGAAGGGUGCAGGUCCCAGGAUGCAAGACUUGGCAUCCUACUUCACCGUUACACCUCAGUCGGGCAUGGUGAAUGCCUCCCACCCUGAUGCGAGUGUUGAGAUAAUCUUCCACCCCACAAGUGAAAUCCUCCUCAAGAACAUACCCAUCCUGUACUGCCAGGUGAUAGAUGCCAGCUCAGGUGAAGGAGGCCAGGCUGUUACCAACAUCCCAAUAAGAGUGUCGGCCAAAGCCGAGUACAGCAAGUACAGCAUUGUGCCUGCCUCACCCACCGACUUCGGAGCCAUGAUCAAGGGCACCAAGAAGAGCCGGACUGUUGUGCUGAAGAACAACGGCACGCUCAGCUUCAAAUUCCACAUCCGCCGAGAACCCAAGCUUGCAUCUGCAUUGGAAAGCAAAAGGUCUGAGAAGCCCUGCACCACCCUUCCUGUCAUACACGCCACAGCUGGUAUGUGGCAGGCAGCCAGGAGACUUGGGCUAUCGUCCAUUUGCGUCCCUGGCUUGGGGAGAGGGAGCAAAAAAACACCUCAGUAUCCCCAUGUAUAGUACAAAGCUGGUGACUGAGCUGCUCAGUCCAGCAAUAGGAGCUGCUGGCUGCUCUCUGGGAGCCAUCAGGAGCAGGAAGGCUUUCCUCUGUGAGGAGGAAGGCCAGCUUUGGCCUUUGAGGCAGGGGAGCUCAGCAUGACAGAUACCUCUGUUUUCUCCUC